ACCUGGAAAACCUGGAAAACCUGGAAAAUCAGCCAAAUUUGGAUAAAGUCAUGGAAAACCUGGAAAAGUCAGGGAAAUUUUUUUUUUUUUCUAGGUAGUCAGGGAAAAGUCAGGGAAUUCUGAUUGAGAAACUACUCAUUUUACAAAUAAGCUAUUAUGUUUCUGUUGAUGCUUCCCAUUUAUUUUGACAAUUAAAAAAUACCCUAUAGUGUUUCACACCUUUACCACGCAUAUAAUAUUUUAUUUUUAAAAAUUUAACCACGGCUUUUUAACUUUUUUAAAACUUGAAUAUUUUUAAAUGUAUUUUAAUAGGCAAAACGCUCUUAUUACUAACAAUUGUUUUAAAAUAUUAAUCAAUAAAAAUAUUUUAUUUAAAUUGUCUAUGGUUAUUAUUUUAUUUUUACAAUAAUAGUGUAUGUUUCUUUUUUUUAUUUAUUAUAAAAAAAAUAAUUCCUUUUUUUUAUUUAUUAUAAAAAAACUAAUUUUUUAUGAUCAAUUUCAAUCGUUUAAAACUAUUUCUGUAAUUUAUUCUAUAAACAACAGCAUCUUUAACUUUAAACAUUUUUGUGUCUUUAAAGCGAAAAACUUCUUUUUUUAUUUUAAGUUACAUAAGUUACAGAAAGUUUCAAAGAUUUUCAACUUUGUUGAAAACUUUUGAAAGUUUUUAUUAAAAAAGUAAUGGUUUCUAUAAGCAUUACAAUGACUAUUAGAUUAAAAUCCUUGUGAAAAUGAAUUUUGAAAAUUAAAAAAAGGUUUUUAAAGUUAAUACAAUGAAAUUUGUUACAGUGCCCUAUGUUAUAAAUAUAAAUCAUUUUGAAAUAUUUUGUUUCCAUUUUUAGAAUUAAAAUAAUGAAUAAAAUAGAAAAAAAAGCUUAUUUUAAAGAAGAAUGGUUAAAUAAAGACAUUUACCCUCAUUUUGACUCUUGGCUAAUGAAAGGAAAAAAUAACACCCAGGCAAAAUGCAAAUUAUGCAAUAAAAUAAUUGAACUUUCAAACAUGGGUAUUAAGCAAUAAAAAGUCACGAGAAAGGAAAAAAACAUGUUUCAGUUGCAAGCAAUUUCUCUUGUUUUUUUAAAUCAUCUGGCUCUAAAAAUACUAAUUCACCUAAUUCAAUAGAACAGUCUAAUUUAAAGACAACUGAUAGUUUCUCAACAGGACAAAUGAAGCAGCAAUCUUUAGAACUCAUCGUAUCAAGUUCUAAUAAAAUCUGUGCAGAAAUUAUGUGGGCAUUGCAUUGUUGCUUAAAUAGAAUUUCUAACAAUUCAAACAAAAAUGUGACAAAUUUGUUUCAAGCAAUGUUUCCUGACAGUGAGAUUGCUAAAUCUUUACAAAUGGGACCAAAUAAAGUUGGAUAUAGCAUCACUCAUGGUCUUGGGCCUUAUUUUAAAGGUUUACUUAAACAACAAAUGAGCCUGUCUCCUUGGCUUGUCGUAUCCUUUGAUGAAUCCCUCAACAAAAAAACUCAAACUUGUCAAAUGGAUUUACUCAUCCGGUAUUGGAAUGAGGAAAAAAUGCAAGUUGAAGUGAGGUAUUGGGAUUCCUCAUUUAUGGGACAUAGUACUAGUCUUGAUUUGAUAAAUCAUUUUAAUGAAAAGAUAAGUGAUAUUAAUAUCAGCAAAAUUGUUCAGGUCUCUAUGGAUGGACCCAGUGUCAACUUGAAAUUUCACAGAGACAUUCAAAGCAAACGUGAAGAGCACGAAUUAUCUAAACUUAUUGACAUAGGCUGCUGUUCCCUACACAUAAUUCAUGGUGCUUUCAAAACAGGAGUAGAAUCAACUGAUUGGGAACUUAAAAAGACAUUUAAAAGCUGCUUUACCUUAUUUCAUGAUUCUCCUGCCAGAAGAAGUGACUUUAUCAGUAUCACUGAAGGUUCUGUGUUCCCGCUUUCAUUUUGCGCAACCAGAUGGGUUGAAGACAAAAAGGUAGCGGAUAGAUUAAUUAGUAUUUGGCCAUCUAUUAUAAAAAUUGUUAAUUAUUGGGAGUCUCUGCCUAAAAGUAAACGACCAUCUUGCAAAUCAUAUAAGUUUGUUGUAAAUGCUGGCAAGCAUGUUUGAACCGUUUCUGAAGCUCUAUCAGACAGAUGCUCCAAUGUUGCCUCACAUGAAUGGUGA